AAUUCGUCAGAAUCAGGAUCAGAAUUAAAGUCAGAAUCAGAAUUUAUUUUAGAGUCAAAAGCUCAGUGUACAAUACAGUAGAGACAAAACAGACAAUACAACAGUGACGAUACAACAGAGACAAUACAACAGAGACUAUAGAGACAAUACAAAUAAGAACAUUACUCCUGGAAAAGCGAAAGUAAGAAGCUUUAACAUGCCACCAGACAGCAGCUUAACCAAUGGAAGACAAGAAAAUAAGAAAUAUAAAGUUCAACAUCACCCUGGCACUGCGUCAUUUGGGAUGUCCGUGUUCAACCUGGGCAACACCAUCAUGGGCAGUGGAAUUCUCGGCUUAUCCUAUGCCAUGGCCCACACAGGCAUUAUACAGUUUGUAAUCCUGCUAACAGCUGUGUGUAUAUUUUCCCUCUACUCUGUACAUCUGCUGCUUAAGACCGCAAAUGUAGGAGGUCAUAUGGUCUAUGAGAAGUUGGGCUACAAGGCUUUCGGCUUGCUUGGAAAGCUUGCAGCAACGUUCUCCAUCACCCUGCUGAACUUUGGAGCCAUGGCCAGCUACCUCUACAUUGUGAAGUACGAAUUACCAAUAGUCAUCAAAGCUUUCACCGGGGAUGAAGGGGCUUGGUACACCAACGGAGACUACUUGGUUUUGCUUGUUACUGUCAUCAUUAUUUUGCCGCUUUCACUGCUUAAAAAUCUGGGAUACCUCGGCUACACAAGCAGCUUCUCGUUGUUGUGCAUGGUCUUCUUCCUAAUUGUGGUAAUCUAUAAGAAGUUCUACAUUCCCUGCCCGUUAUCCAGUAACUUCAACUCGACAUUAAGCAACACCACGGCCACAGACUAUAAUGAGGACUCUUGUGAACCCAAAUACUUUGUCUACAACUCAAAGACUGUGUAUGCCGUGCCCAUUCUCACCUUUGCCUUCGUGUGCCACCCGGCUAUUCUGCCCUUGUACGAUGAGCUGAUAGAUCGUUCUCGUAAAAAGAUGCAGAAUGUGGCUAAUGUGUCUUUCAUUGCCAUGUACAUCAUGUAUCUGCUCGCUGCUCUGUUUGGAUACCUGACCUUCUAUGACACGGUCGAGCCUGAACUUUUACACACGUAUGCGAAGGUGUACAAAUUGGAUGUGGUGCUGCUGAUUGUACGUCUGGCUGUUCUGACUGCUGUCACUCUCACUGUCCCCGUCGUCCUCUUUCCUAUUCGCACCUCAUUUAAUCAAUUGUUGGGCGCCACUAACAACUUCAGCUGGAUCCGCCAUAUCAGCAUCCCGGUGCUUUUGUUGAUUGCAGCCAACGUGCUUGUCAUCUUCGUACCAAGCAUUAGGGAUAUCUUUGGAUUCAUUGGUGCUUCUGCUGCCGCUAUGCUGAUCUUCAUCCUGCCGUCUGCCUUCUACAUCAAGCUGGUGAAGAAGGAGCCCUUGAAAUCUGUGCAGAAGAUUGGGGCAAUCCUGUUUCUGUGCAGUGGCAUCAUUGUCAUGAUUGGUAGCCUGAUUCUGAUCAUCCUGGACUGGGUCAACAGUUCUGCUGCCCCGUAGAGUUAAGGAGAUGGUCACUAAGAUGCAGCGUGAAUGGCAUGUAGGAUGGACAUGUAGCUGCUUUAAUCUUUAUUUUGUUGCCAUGAGAAGUUUUUAUACUGCUAUAUAAUGUAUAUUAUCUCUCUCUCUCUCUCUCUCUCUCUCUCUAUAUAUAUAUAUAU